AUGCCUUCCAACAAAAGUCGGUUGUAUAUAGCUUUAUAUCCUAGCGGCGUCGUAAACAACGAGGAACGCAAGUACCACUGGGGCUUCCUGAUCGGACCUAAGGUAGAGGGCAAAGACGUAAUACCAGGCGCACGUUACCACGUCAAAAACUCUCCUUUCGGCUGGGUCUAUGAAGAAAUUCCAUUAGAGAAUGUCCGAGCGACCAACAGUCUUUUGGCGCGCAUUCUCAUUGCCAAAAUCGAAGAUGAGAAGCGUCUCAUUGCCCUUAUUCGCGAGCUUCCAGUCGUACAAGGCGAUUCAAACUGGAGAUGCCGCUCUUGGAUCGCGAGCGCGCUGGCUGAGAUUUCGAAGGAUGGUAAGUGUGUUGGCACUGCUGAGCUAGAUUGGCAGAAGAUCGAGGCGUUUGCAAGACAGUACGUGGGAGACAAGACUGCUCAAGGUCGCUAUCGGUCUGCUGCGGAUAUGUUGAAACCGAAGCCAACCUGGGAUAUGAUCGAGAAUAGAGAGAGUAUAUCGUAG